AUGCCUGUGGCCGCAUUGCUGCAAUGUCUCGAUUCGGCGCGGCCCGAUGACUUUGGCCUGGCGGUGGUGCGGGCGUGCUUCGAGGGCUGGGCGAGCCGCAUCGGUGCCUCUGCCUGCGUGGAGUCGGAGAAGCUGAGGGCGGAGAUCGCGCAGCUGCGAUCGGAGCUGGUGGAGUCUCAGAGGCUCAGAGCGCUGAGCCAGGCGCGGGUGCAGCAGUUGGAGCUGCAGCUUGCCACGGAGCAGGACUGGGUGUUCGAGGCCGCCAGAUUCAGCUCCCGCCUCGCUCACAGCCCCAAAGCGAUUUCACCUCAUUCGAGGGCAUCCAGGCAGCAGGAGAAGGAGCAGAAGGAGCAGAAGGAGCUGGAGCAGGUGAUGUCGGAGCGUGACCAAGCCAUGCUGGAGCGGGAGGAGCUGAGAUUACAGCUGGCGGCCAUGCAGGUGAUGACCCGGGGUCGCGAGGCCAGCCGCGAGGCCAGCAGAAGCAGCUCUCCCCGGUCGCCAGUUUUGGCCCGGGCCCAGCUGGCUGCUGCCACCCGGCAGUUGGAGGAUUGCUUCAUGGGCUUGGGCGGGACUGCAUCGCCCUCGCAGAGCCCCCGGGGCAGCUCAAAGCUGCAGCUGCCCGUGGGAUGGGCUCGGAGGGACCGGCUGAACGCUUCCGGAUCGCGGAAAAUGUCUCCGUCGGGAGCGGCAGGACAGGUUUCAAGCCCGUUUUUCAGCGCCGUCCAGAACUUGGCAGCCUUUGAGCACCUUCGGAGCUGCACCACCCCACCAGCCAGAUCUGAGAGCGUCCGGAAGCUGGCAGCGUCCGUUUCCAGGGCGUAA